AUGGCAAGUUUCGGGCAGCAGCUGAUGGCCCUGGUACAGAGAAACAUUUUGCUGAAGAAACGAAACAAGAGCCAGAUUUUUCAGGAGUUGCUGAUUCCUGUAUAUUAUGUUGGUUCUCUUGCAUUGCUUAAUUUGGCGAUGAAACCAGAAACACAUCCAGCCAGGAAGUUUCCAAAACACAGUCUCAAUGACGAUGUUUUUGCAUCACCAUUCAGUGGCUAUCGGACAUUGCUAGUGGUGCCAGAUUCUCCGCAGGUAGGACUGUUUGCCGGGUGCAGUGAUGACGAUAAUAAGUAUGGAGCUUCACACAUGUGUUCUGGGAACAAACAGCUUUUCUCAGGGUUUGUUCAGCUUCAGGUGGCAAUAGAAAAUGUGCUGAUGGAGAACUUGAGUAUUUCUUCUGGGAUCAGGUCAAGGAAAAUUAGUGUGCAGAUGAUGGAUAGAGGUGAAUACUCACCAGAUGUCACCAGAAUCCAGAUCGUGACAGCCAUUACGUUAAUUGUAUCCUUCGCUUUCAUACCCACAUAUUUGGCAGUAAACAUUGUUGAAGAAAAGGAAAAGAAAAUUAAGGAUGGAAUGAUGAUGAUGGGACUUCGAAACUCCGUAUUCUGGCUGUCAUGGGGCAUUGUGUACAUGAUGUUGAUCACUGUUGCCUCAACGAUCAUGGUCGCCAUAUUUUCAUUAUCCAAUUUUUUCCUGCGCAGCAGUGUACACUUCCUGUUUCUCUGCAUGAUCCUGUUUGGCAACUCCUUGAUUUCCUUUGCGUUCAUGAUCACACCAUUCUUCAACAAAGCUUCAACUGCAGGAUCUGUGAUGAUUUCUGCAUUGCUGGUGCUCAGUUUGAUCUAUGCAGUAAUUAGCCAGACCAAGGAUACCAUAAGCAAUGACUCAAGACUUUCAGUCUCUACCCUGCUGUUACUGUGUCUCCUGUCACCAGUAGCUUUUGCUAUGUUUAUAGAUCAGGCUUUGUACAUUGACAUUUUGAAGAAUGGCUUCGAUUUUAACAAGGGUCUCACUUAUGGCAAGUUUCCACUGUACGCUUCCAUUGUGAUGAUGAUAGUUGAUGCCUACCUGUAUGCCAUUUUGACGAUAUACUUUGAUAAUGUGCUUCCAGGUAAAUAUAGAGUCGGGAAGCAUCCUCUGUACUUUCUACAGUCAUCCUAUUGGUGUCCGAAACAAGCUGAUAUGAAAAGCUCCCAGCUUCUGAGCCCCAAACAAAGUCAAUCAAAGUUCAUCAGUGUGGAGCCAGUUGGCAGGGGCAUGGAAGACAAAGUUGCCAUGAGGAUUUUAUCGUUGACGAAAUCUUUCAAGCAGAAGGGCAUAAUUCUCCGGGCCCUUGAUAAUUUCUGUCUGGAUAUUUAUGAAGGCCAGAUCACUUGUCUGUUGGGACAUAAUGGAGCAGGCAAGACAACCCUGAUAAAUAUGUUAACUGGAGUCAUUGCCCCAACGUCUGGCAGUGCACACAUCCUGGGCUUGGACAUAACACGAACGGGCGAUUUGGAGCAGAUUCGCAAAAAGUGUGGCAUUUGUCCCCAGCACAACAUUCUCUGUGAUGAUUUGUCCUGCAAGGAACAUCUUGAGUUAUUUGCAAACAUUAAAGGUGUACCUUCUCAUCUCAUUAAUACAACAGUGCAGCAAGCCUUGGCAGACGUGGAUCUGAACAGUCAGAGUGAAACCUUUGCUAAAAACCUCAGUGGUGGCCAGAAGAGGAGGCUUUCUGUUGCCAUAGCUCUGAUUGGGGAUCCUAAGUUGCUUUUUCUGGACGAACCCAGCUCUAGCUUGGACCCUCUCUCACGCCGCCACUUGUGGUCACUACUGAAGAGAAUAAAGGAGGGAAAGGUGGUUCUAUUGACCACUCAUUUUAUGGAUGAGGCUGACAUCCUUGCAGACAGAAAGGCCUUUAUCAGAGGAGGCAGGCUAUGCUGUUGUGGAUCGUCACUGUUUUUGAAAAAUAAAUUUGGCGUGGGUUAUCAUUUGACGAUGGUUGUAGAACCCAACUGCAAUGUGGGCACUGUGACAUGUCUGCUCAGGUCAGUGAUUCCAAAUGUUAAACUCACAAGGUCACAUGGGAAGGAGAUCAGUUACACAGUACCUCUCCAAGAUGUCUCCAAGUUUUCUGUUCUGUUUAACAAUCUGGACCGAGUGGCAGAAUCACUUGGCAUUGUUAGUUAUGGCGUGUAUAUGACAACCUUGGAGGAAGUCUUCUUUAAGCUAGAAGGCGAUGAGUCUGUGGAUAAUGAAAAAAAGUCCAGUGAGGCAAUCAACCCUGGUUUCCUUGCAAAUGGUCAUAACGUCGAUGCUGACAAGCCUCCGUCCGUCUCAGAGGCUAAUUCUCUUGGAGAAAACAGUGAAGCAAUCGACCCUGAUUUGCCUGCAAAUGGUCAUAUUGUCGAUGCUGACAAGUCUUCUUCCAUCUUGGAUGUUAAUUUGUUUGGAAAAUCCACUGUGCAUGGAAGGGAUUUAACCAGGCAGAGAUUCUGGACUUUGUUAAAGAUCAGGUUUAAGCUUAAAGUGCGUAGCAUACUGUUAGUGCUCAUCAGUGCUAUAAUGCCUCUAAGUUUCGUGAUUUUAGGCUUGAACCUGAUAAAAAUGAAGGAAAAGCCACCAGUGAGGAUUUCAGACCCGACAUUCUUUAAUCCCUUCAUGUAUGCCAGAGGUGCUGGAUUGCCAGGGCCGUUACCUCCAUCAUUUCUAGUCUUUGAUGCUGUCAAUAACAAUGGCUCUCAGGCUGUCAUCUCUAACUGGAAGAGGCACUAUGCUGUUGACACCUACUUAGCUGGCACCAAGAAUACUUCUGAUGUGGCCCCUCAUUUGAUUGGAAUUCAAAUUGACAGGGUCAUUGGUCAAAACCUAACAGACUUUACUGUACUGUACAAUGACAGUGCUGCCCUUUCUAUCCCUGUCGUCAUCAACAUGGUCACCCAGAACAUUUUGAACAGUUCAAAUAUCAACGUCCAGAUAAAUGGGAGUAGCCUGCCUUGGCCUUCUGUAAUGGGGCAGUUCCUCAUAGUAUCUAUGGUGACUGCUAUCCUUGUUGCAGUGUGCAUUAUUUUAAUUGUCCCCACCUUCACCUAUGAUAUUGUUAAGGAGAGACAGUUUAAACUACGAAGUCAGCUACAUAUUUCUGGAGUGACAUUCAAUGUUUACUGGGGAACAAUAUAUAUAUGUGACUUGCUGACUCUCUUCAUGCCAGUUAUCGGCAUCAUUAUUGCCUUUUUUGCAAUACAGAUGCAAGGCUUCAACUCAGUUGGUGCAUUGGGUGCCUUGGUACUAGUGGUUUUCACAAAUGUGCCCCUAUUGUUCCUGCUGGCUUUAACCCUUUCAUUCUUGUUUGACAAGGCAGAAACAUGUGCAGUUUGUAUGCCUGUCUUGCUUCUUCUGCCUACACUGAUUCCAUACACGCUGGUGCCUGUGGUAGAUGCUGUCCACAGUGAUGCAGCAGUAGUUUUUCACUAUGUAUUCUGUGUGAUUCUUCCACCAUACAUUGUCUUUGGUGGAUUGUAUUUUAUCAGUAGGGUCUACUUGAAUGCAUUCAAUGAGAGCAGGACAGUCAACAAAAGUGAAUACUUUGAUUUUGGAAACCAUGUUAUGAUUUGUAUUAUUAUGCCAAUAAUUCACAUGUUUUGGAUGUACUGGCUGCUGCGGAUCCUGGAUGUGAAGAAGGCUGGUGGUCACAUGAAAGCGUGUCCUUGUUUUUUUGAUUGGACGGACACGUCGCGGAUUGCCAACCCAGAUGUCAUUGAUGGUGAGGAUGAAGACAUCACAGCUGAGAGACACAGAGUUGAACAACUACAGGAAGGGGGCAGCGAGGCACCUGUGGCUUAUGUGUCACAGCUGCGCAAGGUGUUUUUGAAACGCAUGAAGAAAAAAAAAAUGAGGAACCCAGGCAAAGUGAGCACCACGAUUGCAGUACGGAACUUGAGCCUAGGCGUUGAUCAGGGAGAGGUGUUAGGACUUUUGGGGCCUAAUGGAGCUGGCAAGAGUACUGUCUUAAACAUGAUGACUGCUCAAGUAUCACCCACCUGUGGGAAGGUAGUCAUUGAUGGGAACAAUAUCUGCUACGACAUGUCAGCAGUGCUGGAUUCACUCGGAUACUGUCCCCAAGAUGAUCCACUGUGGGAGUUGAUCACCUUGGAGGAACAUGUGGAGUGCUUCGCAGAUAUCAAGGGAAUUCAUCCUAGCGAACUUAAUAAAGUUGUUGAUUAUGUUGUGGAAAAGCUGAAACUUGAAGAACAUCGCAAGAAACCUACAAUACUGUUGUCUGGAGGGACCAAGCGGAAA